AUGUUACAAAUUCAAAAAGAUUUCAUGACAAAUACCAUCACCCCCGAAGUGGAAGAUAGUUUAACCAAAUUGGGAGGGUACGACUCUCUAUCGGAUAAUUUUGAGGAUGAAAGUGUGAUAGAACCACUAUCAUCCUUCUUACAUUAUACUCCACUUAAUUCAAAUUGGGGCAGUGGUAACUAUCAGCUCUACGACAAUAAUAAUAACACUCCAAACAGUAAUUUAGGAACGCCGCUAAGGACUAGUUCCGAAAAUAUUUUGACUACAAUAGAUUAUAAUGGAAUACCAAAAUUUGACUCAUAUGCUGAAGCUUAUUCAAAAAUGCUAGAUGAAUCCCUACGUUGGACAAAUAUGAGUAAUCCUGCAAUAUCAGAAACUGGAUAUAGUGUAAGCAAGCCAGCUAUCCAUAGAAGAUACACGGAUACUGCCUUGAAAGUUAACACAGCUUCCACUGGAUACAGAUUAUCUGCACCAGAAAUAUAUGGACAGGAAUGCUCUUUAAAUAAAUUAGAAGUUACUCCUCCCAUAAAAGAGGAAAUAUUUGAAUCUAAACCCAUUAAACAGAUAAUACCUGUAAAUGAUAGAAGACGCUCACCACCAACUUUAUCAAAUGUCAUUAAAGCUAAAAACUCGGGCAAAUAUGGGAAUUCUCAUCUACCGUCUCCAGGACAUAAAGUGGAAGUUGAAACGUCUGCAUUUGACGAAAAAUUAGGAUACUUUUGUGAUGUUUGUGGUAAAGGUUUUAGAAGACCAUCUUCUUUAAGAACGCAUUCUAACAUACGUUCAGGUAACAGACCUUACAAAUGCCCUUACAGUAACUGUACUAAAUCGUUUAACGCCAAAUCAAACAUGCUAAGACAUUACAAGUUACAUUUUAGAUUAACUUCUGGUGCAUAUGUUUUACCUAGUGGGGAAAUCAGUCUAGAAAAGCCUACCUCGAAACAGUUAUUUGGUAAAACUGAUGACGACGGUAGUGCGGCCGAUGAGUCAUAG